GGUCACACUGUCCAAAAGUGUACAAUUUUUUCUCCAACUCGGUUUGUUUUUUUUUGUGGUCUGGCCAAGUAACCUCCGAUUUUGAUCCGAUUCGAUUCGAUCCGUUUUCGGAUGAUAGCUCUGAGUGCGCUGUUAACCAAAUACACGAUCGGUAUUAUGAGCAACCUUAGCAAUGGCAGCAAUAACAACCAGCAGCAGCAGCAACAACAACAGGCACAGCAGCAACAACAACAGCAGCAGGGAAAUGAAGGCGGAGGCGGGGCAGCGGAUUUUGUGGCGCCACCGCCCGGAUUAGGAGCCGCUGUGGGCGUGGCAGCCAUGCAACAGCGACAACGCCUGCUGCAACAGCAACAUCAACAGCAGCAACAUCAGAAUCCUGCCGCCGAAGGAAGUGGAUUAGAACGCGGCAGUUGUCUAUUGAGAUACGCCAGUCAGAAUUCCCUGGACGAGAGCUCCCAGAAACAUGUCCAACGACCAAAUGGGAAGGAACGCGGCACAGUGGGCCAAUACAGCAAUGAUCAGCACACGGCGCGAUCCUUCGACGCCAUGAACGAGAUGCGCAAACAAAAACAGCUCUGCGAUGUGAUAUUAGUGGCCGACGAUGUGGAGAUCCACGCCCACCGCAUGGUGCUGGCCUCCUGCAGUCCGUACUUCUAUGCGAUGUUCAACAGCUUCGAGGAGUCGCGCCAGGCGAGGAUCACCCUGCAAAGUGUCGAUGCCAGGGCCUUGGAGCUGCUCAUCGACUACGUGUACACUGCCACCGUGGAGGUGAACGAGGACAAUGUGCAGGUCCUCUUAACGGCCGCCAAUCUGCUGCAACUCACGGAUGUUCGCGAUGCCUGCUGCGACUUCCUGCAAACCCAAUUGGACGCGAGUAAUUGCCUGGGCAUCCGGGAAUUUGCCGAUCUCCAUGCCUGCGUGGAGCUCCUCAAUUACGCAGAGACCUACAUCGAGCAGCACUUUAACGAGGUGAUCCAGUUCGAUGAAUUUCUGAACCUCUCGCACGAGCAGGUCAUCAGCCUGAUAGGCAACGACCGAAUUUCUGUCCCGAACGAGGAGCGUGUCUACGAGUGCGUGAUUGCCUGGCUGCGCUACGAUGUUCCGAUGCGGGAGCAGUUCACCUCUGUCCUCAUGGAGCACGUGCGCCUGCCCUUCCUCUCCAAGGAGUACAUCACACAGCGCGUGGACAAGGAGCUACUCCUCGAGGGCAAUAUCGUGUGCAAGAAUCUCAUCAUUGAGGCGUUGACCUAUCAUCUACUGCCCACUGAGACAAAGUCCGCCAGAACGGUGCCCAGGAAGCCGGUGGGAAUGCCCAAGAUUCUGCUCGUCAUCGGAGGGCAAGCACCCAAAGCGAUUCGCUCCGUGGAGUGGUAUGAUCUGCGGGAGGAAAAGUGGUACCAGGCUGCCGAAAUGCCCAACCGCAGAUGCCGCUCCGGCCUAAGUGUCCUGGGUGACAAGGUGUAUGCUGUCGGUGGCUUUAAUGGAUCCCUGCGUGUGCGCACUGUGGAUGUCUAUGACCCGGCGACGGAUCAGUGGGCCAACUGCAGCAACAUGGAGGCCAGGCGUUCCACUCUAGGAGUUGCUGUUCUGAACGGUUGCAUUUUCGCUGUGGGAGGAUUCGAUGGCACAACGGGUCUGUCCAGUGCAGAGAUGUAUGAUCCUAAGACUGACAUCUGGCGGUUUAUCGCCUCCAUGUCUACGCGACGCAGCUCCGUUGGCGUAGGCGUGGUCCAUGGACUCCUUUAUGCCGUCGGCGGCUACGAUGGCUUCACCCGUCAGUGCUUAUCCUCGGUGGAGCGUUACAAUCCGGACACGGACAUCUGGGUGGCUGUGUCGGAGAUGAGUUCGCGAAGGAGUGGCGCUGGAGUGGGAGUGCUGAACAAUAUCCUGUAUGCUGUGGGCGGACACGAUGGUCCCAUGGUCAGGAGAUCCGUGGAGGCAUACGAUUGUGAAACGAACUCGUGGCGUUCGGUGGCCGAUAUGUCUUACUGCCGGCGAAAUGCGGGAGUGGUGGCUCACGACGGCCUGCUGUAUGUGGUUGGUGGCGAUGAUGGCACCUCGAACCUCGCCUCCGUUGAGGUCUACUGCCCGGACUCGGACAGCUGGAGGAUACUGCCGGCAUUGAUGACCAUCGGACGCAGCUAUGCGGGCGUGUGUAUGAUCGAUAAGCCCAUGUGAAUGGAAGAGCAGGGUGCAUUGGCCCGCCAAGCAGCUUCGCUGGCCAUCGCACUGCUGGAUGAUGAGAAUAGCCAGGCGGAGGGCACGAUGGAGGGCGCCAUUGGUGGCGCCAUCUACGGCAAUCUGGCGCCGGUUGGAGCGGCUGCAGCCAUUGCAGCUCCACCUGCGCCGGCUCAAGCUCCCCAGCCGAAUCAUCCGCACUACGAGAACAUAUAUGCGCCCAUUGGCCAGCCCAGCAACAAUAACAAUAACAGCAACAACUGCGGCAGCAACAGCAUCCAAGUUGCAGCCGUCGCCAAUGCCAAUGUCAAUGCCAAUGCCCCUGCAAAUGCCGAGGAAAUUCAGCAGCAACAACCACCAGCGCCAUCUGAAGUCAAUGCCAACAACAAUCCGCAGCCACCAAUAGCACCAGCACCAUUACUACCACCACAACAACAACAACAGCCACAGCAAGCACAGCCACAACAGCAGCAACCUCAACGCACACUGCCCAUGAAUAACUAUAGAAACGAUUUGUAUGAUCGAUCUGCAGCGGGAGGAAUCCUUGGAUCCAGCAGCUCAGCAGCCGCUUAUGAUGUUCCAAGAGCCGUGAGAUCCGGCCUCGGAUAUAGGCGAAACUUUCGCAUAGACAUGCAAAAUGGAAAUCGCUGUGGCAGUGGACUUCGCUGCACUCCACUUUAUACGAACAGCCGAUCCAACUGUCAACGGCAGCGCAGCUUCGACGACACAGAGUCCACAGAUGGCUACAAUUUGCCUUAUGCCGGAGCGGGAACUAUGCGAUAUGAGAACAUCUAUGAGCAGAUUCGGGAUGAGCCCCUGUACCGCACAUCCGCUGCCAAUCGAGUGCCGCUCUAUACACGUCUCGAUGUUUUGGGUCAUGGAAUCGGAAGAAUUGAAAGACACCUGAGCUCCUCCUGCGGCAACAUCGAUCACUACAAUCUGGGAGGACAUUACGCAGUACUGGGACACUCGCAUUUCGGGACGGUCGGUCACAUUCGAUUGAAUGCCAAUGGAACGGGAGGAUCAGCAACUGGCGGAGCGGGAAGUAGCACCUGCAAUGUUCCAAAUUGUCAGGCUUAUAUGGGCGGUGCUAGUUCAGCUGUUCCCGUUGAGUACGCGAAUGUAAAGGUUCCUGUGAAAAACAGUGCUUCCAGUUUCUUUAGCUGCUUGCAUGGCGAAAAUUCGCAGAGUAUGACGAAUAUUUACAAAACGUCUGGAGCAGCAGCAGCUGCAAUGGCUGCCCACAAUUCCCCAUUAACGCCAAAUGUGUCCAUGGAGCGAGCCACCCGAUCCUCUUCCGCUGGUGCGGCCGGAGUGGCAGCAGCCGUUGAAGAGCACUCUCCGGGGGACAAUAUUCCAAGCUCAUCUAAUAGCCUUGCCAAUCGGACCACGGGCGCCAUUCCGAAGGUGAAAACGACCAGCAAGGCGGCCAAGGAGUCGGGAGGGUCGUCCACAGCUGCAUCACCAGUUUUAGAUAAAACUACAAGCACUGGAUCGGGAAAAAGUGUAACUUUGGCCAAGAAAACUUCCACAACAGCAGCACGUUCCAGUUCUUCCGGAGAUGCAAAUGCAAAUGGGACUUUAAAUCGCAUCUCCAAGUCCAGUUUGCAAUGGCUACUUGUGAACAAAUGGCUUCCGCUGUGGAUUGGCCAAGGACCCGAUUGCAAGGUGAUCGACUUCAAUUUCAUGUUUUCCCGAGACUGCGUUAGUUGCGACACCGCUUCGGUGGCGUCCCAGAUGUCGAAUCCGUACGGAACUCCGCGUUUGAGUGGUCUUCCCCAGGACAUGGUGCGAUUCAGAAGUUCCUGCGCGGGAGCUUGUGCGGCAGCCGGAGCAUCAUCCACCCUUCGAAGGGACAUCAAUGCCUCGGCUCGCCCACUGCACAGCACUUUGAGUCGCCUGAGGAACGGGGCGGAGAAAAGAAACCCCAGUAGAGUGGCAGCAAACUAUCAAUACGAAGAUCCUUCGUACGAAAAUGUACACGUUCAGUGGCAGAAUGGCUUUGAAUUCGGCAGGUCACGUGACUACGAUCCGAAUCCCACCUAUCAUCAGCAGCGUCCCAUGUUGCAAAGGGCCAGAUCGGAAAGUCCCACGUUCAGCAAUCAGCAAAGGCGUGUUCAGCGUCAAGCAGCCCAGGCCCAGCAGCAAUCGCAGCAGGUGAAGCCUCCAGGAUCCCCGGAUCCCUACAAGAACUACAAACUAAACGUAGAGAACAACACCUUCAGGCCGAAGCCAUCGCCUGCCGAAGAGCUCGAGGGAGCUGUGGGUGGAGCAGUAGCUGAGCUAGCUCCUCCGGAACUGGACAGUGAAUCUGUGGAUCCUCUGAACUUGAGUGAUAAUGAGACUGAGACAACCAGCAGUCAAAACAACCUUCCAGGCACUACCAACAACAGCAGCAACGUGAAUGAGCAUAAUGAUUAGAAAUGGAUAAAAUAAGUUGGUUCUGGCAGAGCAGCGUUUUGUGUUUUAAUUUUCACUCAUUCUCUGCUGUUAAAAAUUGUAUUUAAAAGUUGUACGUUUUUAUAUGGAAUAUAGGCUGGGUUUUAUAUUUUUUUGAAUCAAAAGUGAUACCAGUUUAUAGUAACCAAGUUAGUUUUAACUUGAGUAUUUAAUUACAAAUUUGCGAUAAGAUUUAAAACCUAAAAUUCCACGCUAACAACAAAAUUAAACCAACGCUGCUCUUUAAAAUUGGAUCUCACAAAAUAAUAACAGCAAAAGGAAGAAUAGACCAAAAGAAAAUCGAGCAAAUUAAAAUUACAUUUUAAAAAUCAAAAUGAAACAUUGUAGAAUUUGAUAUUAAUAUAUAAAAACGGGCGACUCUGUGUAACCAGCCAAAGCUCAAGAUCGAAUAUUAUGUUGCAUACCGUAGAUGUAGUUAAAAACAGAAUUUUUGUGUGUCAUGUCAAGUUAUAGUUAAACCUAAGAGCCAUAUCAUAUCACUCUCUCCGUAUCCAUUUUAAGGCAUACCCAUAAGCAAUAUGCAUUUGAUAUGAUAGUUCCGUUUCGUUUUCCACUGCCUACUCCAAUUUCCUUAUGCACUUGCUAACUUUGAGUACUUUAAGUUAUGGCUUUAAAUCGAAACAAUAAUAUUUAGAUUAAUAUUGUACAAGCUCUCCAUUAGAAACCUAUCGUUUAAGUCAAUUAGAAUUACAGGUAUUAUUUACAUGCAUAUAUAUACAAAGGCAUAUACAAUACUCCACAGCCGGUACAUAAAUAUAUAAUCAUACUUACAUGUGUAUUGAGUUUAACUAAUUCAUAAUAAAAUAGUUCAACGAAACGAAA